AAUUCCUUUUCUUUACAUAUACUCUUCAAAAAUGGCCUUACGUCAAGUAUUCAUUGUAUCAGCAAAGAGAACUCCUUUCGGUGCUUUUGGUGGAAAGUUCAAGAACUUUACCGCUGCCGAGUUGGGUGGUUUAGCUUCCAAAGCAGCUCUUGCCGAACUUCCCAAGGACUUACCUAUUGAUUCCGUCAUCUAUGGUAAUGUUCUCCAAACUGACAUUGCUGGUGCCUAUGUUUCACGUCACGUCGGUCACAGAGCUGGUUUACCCGUCACUGUACCUGCUUUGACCGUUAACCGUCUUUGCGGUUCUGGUCUUCAAAGUGUUGUGAACGCAGCACAAGAAAUCCUCUUGGGUGAAAGUGAGAUUGUUUUGGCCGGUGGUACCGAAAGUAUGUCCAUGGCUCCUUUUACUUUAUCAGGUACUUCUCGUUGGGGACUCAAGUUGGGUCAAGAUCCCAAGCUUCAAGAUAGUCUUUGGUCUGCCUUGACCGAUCAAUAUCCUACUCCUACUCCUAUGGGUAUCACAGCUGAAAACUUGGCUGAAAAGUACAAUAUCUCCAAGCAAGAAUGUGACGAAUAUGCUGUUUUAUCUCAAAACAGAUACGAAAACUCUGCAAAGGCUGGUAUUUUCAAGGACGAGAUUGCUCCCGUUGAAAUCAAGGGACGUAAAGGACCUGAGCUUGUUUCUGAGGAUGAACAUCCUCGCGCAGGAUUACAAAUCGAUAACUUGACCAAAUUGAAGCCUGUCUUCAAGAAGGAUGGUGUUGUCUCUGCUGCCAAUGCAUCUGGUAUCAAUGAUGGUGCUGCUACUCUUAUUGUCGCUAGUGAAGAUGCUGUUAACAAGUACGGUUUAACCCCUCUUGCUCGUAUCGUUAGCUGGCAAGCAUCUGCUGUCGAACCCACCUUGAUGGGUCUUGGUCCCGUUCCCUCCAUUACAGGUGCCUUAAAGCGUGCCAAUUUGGAAUUAAAGCAAAUGGGAUUGGUUGAGGUAAACGAGGCUUUCGCCGCUCAAUAUUUGGCCUGUGAAAAGGAACUUGGUUUAGAAAGAGAAAUUACCAAUGUGAAUGGUGGUGCCAUUGCCGUCGGUCAUCCCCUCGGUGCCUCUGGUGCUCGUAUCUUGACUCAUUUGUCUCAUGCUCUUAAGCGUGGUAGUGAAAGAUAUGCUGUUGGUUCCGCAUGUAUCGGUGGUGGACAGGGUGUCGCCGUCAUUUUGGAAAGAGUUUAAAGGGUGGAAUUAUAAAAAUAAAAAUAUUAAAGGCGUUGUCAAGUAUGAAUUAUUAGGUCAUAUUUUUCGCAAGUCUGUCUAAUUUACGACGAUGGUAUGUCUACAUGAGUGUGUAAAGUUUGUAUCAUGUAUUGAACCAACUCAUAAAGGAACAUUCCAGAUCAUUGUUAUUUGAGUUGCGGCGAAUAUUAUCUGUAAUUAUAUGGUUUUAUUGACACAAUACUUAUUUUUGAUAUAAGGGAUAUAAGGGGCAAUGGUUUUAAUAAAAUGUAAAAGACAA